AUGAGAUCACCUUUAACUCUGCUUUGGGUGCAUGUUUGCAGGGCUGUCGGCUUGGCCAAAAUGUGCGUGAGACUGCAAUUGUCACAAGAACCGGAUAAGAGCGUUUGUUCAUCUAUUUGGUGUAUGGCUUGCAAAGUAGCCCAAAUAAUUGAAAUGCCACAGAUUGGAGGCCAGAAGAAGCAAGCUUUAAAGAUGUCGAGAAGCCUCUUAUGGUCUCAGACUUUUGGCUGUAGCUCACGCAGGAGAUCGCUACAAGUUGACGGUGUGGCAUAUGCAGCUGUGCUCGCAAGCUGUGAGAAGGCUUCUGAGUGGACUGCGGCUUUAUCUUUGCUGUGUGAAGCUGUAGAGCUGGCGCUACAAUCGGAUUCAUUUUCUGCUGCUGUGAUCAGUGCCUGCAGCAAGGCUGAGCAGUGGCAACGGGCCCUUCUGUUGUCACAGAAUGAGACCGCAAGUGCAAUCAAGUCGUUGGAGAAGGGCAAUCGAUGGGAAUCUGCACUAGAAUUGGUCAGCAACAUGAAAGGCAUGCAGUUGCAGGUCAAUGAGAUUGUCUACAGCGCCGUCAUCAGUGCUUGUGAAAAAGGUGAACAAUGGCAAUGGGCAAUGUCCUUGCUUCAAGAGAUGCAGCUCGAGCAGCUACAUCCUGUUGUCGGCUACAGCUCGGCCAUCUCAGCCUGUGCGAAGGCAAGCAGAUGGCUGGAGGCACUUGCAGUUUUGACGCAGAUGUCUAGCCAGCAGCUGGAAUCUUCAUCAGUUGCCUUCAACGCAGCCAUCAGCGCAUGCCGGAGAUCUUGGACUCAAGGCCUGUACUUGUUGCAGACGAAGCGGCUGCUGGCGCUGGAUCUGCAGGGCAUGAACUUCGGCUCAGUGGUAAGCGCUAUGAAGGGAAGCAGCCAGUGGCAACGAGCGGGCCAGCUCCUGGCGGAGAUUUGGCACAUUUGGGGCACCGAUCGAUUGCAAGGACCUUUGGGAGCUCUGGAAGGUGUUGAAGUCUUGGCUUCAGCGCCAGGUCUCAUUGCAGUGUUCAAACCUUCAGGUGUCAGCACGGAGGAGAUCCUCGGCCCAUUGCCUGUAGCUGCAGUGUCACGGCUGGAUAAGCCCACAUCAGGUGUCUUGGUAGCAGCUCUUGGCGAUGAAUCAGCCUUUCACUUGGCAAGUGCACAGUUUGCUGCACAGUCCGUCAAAAAGGAGUACAUUUGCCUUUGCCAUGGAUUUUUGGGUCCACCUGGAGGACAGGGCCGCACAAAGCAAGCGCUACGGCGCUCUUCGCGUGGCCCCAUGGAAGUGGCGAAAGGAGACGGACAAGACGCGGAGACGGUCUAUGAGGUGCUGGAGGUCUUUAAAGGGCCCUACACAUUGCUCAAGGUCAUUCCAAAGACCGGACGACGGCACCAACUUCGAGUUCAUCUUGCGAGCAUGGGAAGGCCCAUUGUUGGAGAUUUGCUUUAUGGAUCUGCUCGGGAGAACGACUGCGGUCUCUUCCUCCACUGCCAGUGCGUGGCCUUGCAAGAUGCUGCCGGAGGGGACUUCGUCGUGGAAGCGCCGUUGCCUGCAGAGCUUUGCAAGAUCCUGGAGGGUCUCAGAGAGAGCCAAAUGCUAUGGCAGGCGGAAAAGCCACUGACUGUGCUCAGUGAUGAUGUGCAGCCGUGGAUUUUCCAUGUACCACUUCAAGCAGUAAGGCGGAUGGAGUUGAAGAUGCCGACUCCAUCUUCUCCGUCACGGCGAAGCGAGAGCAAGUGCCGGACAGGCCAUGCAGAGGCGACAGAAGAUCGACCUGUUAUCAUCCAACUAGUGCAUCGAAGAGUACGAACGGUCAAGCGCUACUUCUACAACCCAUACAAGGCAGAACUCUUCUCAUCGCCAGUGGCGCUUCAGCUUCCUAAUCGCUGUCCAGGCUGGCGGCUCUAUGCAUCCGCAUGGCUAGCGGUGAGGCACUUGGUCCCGGACUUGACUGAGCCUGAGGACUGGCCCUUUUUGCUCAGUACUGUGAAGCGAGACGGCACGGCCUGCGCCAACUGUUCUUGGCGACAAGGAUGUUUGGGCUGCACCAUACCGCCGGGCGAGGAGGAUAUCCACCUUAUCGCAGAGGAAUCCAUUGCAGUGGAUUGGGAUGCUCUAGUCUUGCAGCAACAGUACAAGGAGAAGUUCGCUGGCCAUGUUCAUGACCACGAGUCGGUGACCCUGGCGAAUCUUGAGAGGAAGACCUCCAUUUCGUUGCAGCAGUGCCUCUCCAGCCUGGUAAAAGAUGAGAAUUUGACGGUCUAUUGCCGUGAGUGCACCAAGCAAGCUGAGGGUGAAUUCACUGAGUCACCUCAUGUGAAAUCGCUCCGCUUCUGGGCAUGCCCACCCUUAUUGGUGCUUCAAUUAAAGCGCUUCCAUACCCGUUGUGGUGUUGCAUACAAACUCUUCAACGAGGUAACUUUUGGCCAAUCCCUGAAUCUCAAGGACUGUCUUUGUGAUGGCACGAACGACUGCCACAGGACAAGGGCCUUUGUAGAUUGGCACCGACCACUGCGAGAGCGAUCUAUGUCUGAUGAGAUGAGAAGAUGGGCUGGCUUUCCCAGCCUCUCGCGAGAAAUCACCGACUACAAGCUCUAUGGUGUGGUCUACCACAUCGGCGGUAUGGGUUCAGGUCACUACACAGCCUGCAUCCUACACGAUGGACAGUGGUAUUGCUUUAAUGACGAUCGGGUCUACACCAUCUCCGAAGAGGAUGUCCCUGGACACAAUGCUUAUUUGCUGUUCUACGCUCGUGCGGAUGUGGUGUCUGGGGAGAUGGACCUUGAGGACCUCUUCCCAAAUGAAGGACGUCAGGCUGGUUGCGCAGACAUUGAACAGAUCAAGAAGAGCCCCUGGGCAGUGGACAUGCACCGACUCACCUCCAGCAAGACUGGUCUCAGUGCUGGACUGGGAGGCGACAGGUUCUGCAGUGUGAGCUAA